GAAAUAAAGGUAUAAAUAACCAGAAUGGGUUUAAUAUAUUUUGAUCAUUGGUAACAACAAUGGGUCAAAUGACACUACCUAAAAUAAUGGAUAAUAAUAUUAAGAACAAGACUUUAUACCUUGUCCUGAGUGCCAUAAAAGGGCUUACAUUCUGUUCAAAUAUCUCCUUAUCUAUAGGCAUUUCCAUCGGGCUAAUCUGUAUGUAUUUACUUGUAGCAUGUAAAAUGCAACAGCAAUUUAGUUUAAAGAUGGUUUAAAAAAAAGCUGUUAAAUAUCCAUAUCCAUGUCAUUGUGAACAUGUUAGCACAUAGCAAGGCCUCACACUACCUUAUUGGCUCCAGCUUUUUUUGAAUGUUGCUCACACCACCCACUUGGCACCCACAUUAGCCAAACUAAAACUGUGCUGGUAGAUCCUGUUUGACCGAGUUCGAAUGUCAUCUACUUUCAAUAAUUGUCACUAACUGAUGAAACGUUUGGUUACAUUUAAAGAAAUGCAAUGUAGAAGUUGGACUACUGAAAAAAACAAUCCCUGAAUUACCUGACACACAACAGAUGAUGAAGUACUGACGCUUGAGAUUUCUGCUGCUCAAGAGCUACCACUUAAGGUUGAUUUAGUGUGUGCCCUUUUGUUUCCACUCAGACUGUAACAUUAUUUGCCUCAAAUAUUGAGAGAAACACAAAGGAUUCUAAAAUGGUAUUAAAUACUACCAUUACAAGAAACCAGAGUACUCGUACCAGUAAAACUAACUGACUAACUAGAAAACAAACAUUUCUGAAUCAAUGACAUACCAGUACCUUAAGAUCCCAAUAAAAGCUUUCAUUUGGACCACUUAAAAGUAACAAAAAUGCUCAGACAGUUUAGUUUAAUGCAGUUUUAUUUUGGUUUAAGUUUGAGACAUUUGGAGAUACUCAUGUCUUUGAGUAAAACUGAUGGUAUUUUUGUAUAUUGUUCAGACACAAAAUCCAUUCUGAUCUGUAAUGUGAUCUGCAUCUUGACAAUUCAAAAAGCUGAUUUUUAUUUUGUCAUGUGAAUGCAAUACACCUCUGUUGGCUUUAAUUAAAAUCCUGUACACAUUAGUCCAGUCAAGUCAAGUCCUACCUGUCAAAAUACGGAAAUGAAAUGAAAUGAUAUUUUAGCUCUAAGGAAAACUGCUCAUUUUAUGCAACUAGUUAGAAAAUGCAGUUUUUCAAUUUGAAAGGGUGCUGUUAAAUAAUAUAUACUGUGUAAUUAGCUCAUCUGUUCCCCUAAAAAGCCUUUGAAUCCUGUUAACGUUUCAAAUCUCCCCUCUAAUUUACUCAACUUUACAUGCUUGAAAUGAAAGCCAAUUGUUCAGAACCUUUCACUCUUUGCAACCACAAAACCACAGCAGUUUUUAUUCCCUCUGUCUCUAGAUGUCCUGCUUUCAUUCAACAUUCAAAUCACAUGUUAUUUCCCUUAUGUGCAGUAAAAUCCAACAUCAGACUUACUUCCCUAAACACCAGCAGCAUCCUCUAUAACAGCUGAAGAAAAGAUCCAAAUCUGUGUAUGUUGUUCAAAGAAAACUACUCAGGAUGUAAAUGACAUUAAGUCCAUGUGUCAGAUCGAGGUUUCGCUUAAAUAAAUGGCAUCUUUAAAGAUGCUGAAUUAUAGGGAGUGUUGUGUGUCCUCUGUUGAGUCUUUUGCAGACCUUUGGGGACCGCUGUCUGCCACUUUAGAUUUUUCCUUCCCAAAAAUGUGAACUGUAAACGGUGUGGUGAGGCAGGCCCUUUUUCUACAGCUGUGCUGUAAUUAUGCAUUCUUGAAAAGCCAAUUAAAUUUCACAGAUGUUCAGAAAUUCGGUCUUUUGGUUUGGUUUUAACUUCAGAGUUAACAGAUGUAGGCAGAGCAGGGAAAUGUUCCUCGGUACACGGGGUGUAAUAUGUUUAGCAUAAAGGAAAACACUCAAAAAAAACUGCAAGGUCAAAGUUAAACCAGGAAUUCACUGGUUUCUCUGACAAUGUUCCAACAGACAAAUGGCCAUUUGGUUUCAAAUGAAAUAAAUGAAACACACAUAAUAUUGCACCCAUUUACUAUACCACAUGAAUAGUAGAUUCACUGUUGAUGCUUGUCUGAGUCAAAGGAUGGUGUGAGGUAAAUAUGAAAGUCUAGCAUGUUAUAGGGCACAAUCAAAAAUUAGUCUACACGUUAUGAUUGUGACAUGUAUAGAUGGUAAAGGGUUUGCAUUUAUGAAUCACAUUUAUAACAAAUCUUUAACAGGUGGUAUUUAGAGUGUUCUUCAACUAGUGCUGGGUAUUAAAUCUUGUAUUGAAAGCCAUCAGCUGUUAGUUUUGAGAAAGUAUUCGACCAAACGGUCUGGAGCUGGCACCGAAUACUUCUGUACGAUAAAACCCAUCCUAUAUUGUAUGCUGCGCACAACAUUAAGUGUGCAGACAUUUAUGGCAUAAUGUCAUGUCUUCCACAAUAUUCAUUUGAUGUAAAGUUGAUUGAAAAAAAAAAUCUACCAUGUAAAGGGUUAGGUUUUGGAGUUAGUAGUGAGUUAGGUCACACACAUGAAACAGAAUAGAUUGAGUCAGAUCAUGCAGGACAUUUUAAAAGUAGAAACCAGACUUGUUGGUCAGUUCAGGUGCAGCAGAGACCUUUGGCUGAUCCUGACCUGCAGGAUGGUGAAGGUGAAGCUGAAGAACCCUGUGAAUGAGUGCUUCAUCAAACUGUGAUUGAAGAGCCUUUUCUGUUGAUUGGAACAAAACAGAGGUCAUGGAAAAAAAAAAAAGAUAAAAUUGGAGGAGGCUAUUUUAGAUUUGUUGAGGUGAGAGCACACAUGCACACACACACACACACUCACUCACUCACUCAGUCAGUCGGUCAGUCCAGAGCGGGACAAACGACAGCAGCAAACCUCCUCAUGGAUCUACGGACAACAAUAUGCUUUUACCUGUGUUUCCUACUGGAAGUGAUGUGCUGGCAUGAUCUGGACAACACAGAGUAUGACUGUUGGCCGAUCAACAGUCCAAAUGAUUCCAACAUGAUCAGCUGCGGUGGUCUGGAAAUGGCCUGGUCCCAGCGCCCUCCAGAAAAGGUGACAAAUGGGGAAGAGUUCAAUGUCUCGUACACAGUGACGGCCUCAGAUGCAUUCUAUGAGUACACAGUCAAGAACAAGAUUUUCAGGUUCAGGAAUGCAUCAGAAGCAAAGAGGUUCUGCAAUGAACAUGAGUGUCCGUCAAACUGGAACAACGCCAAUGAAACAAACUGCUGCGUGUAUCAUGCCAACAUCCACUCGUGUCCUCUUGGUCUCAUGAAACAUGGGGGAAUCUGUGGCCCGUGGAUCCCUGAUGACGGUAAAAUAGUGACUCACACCGUGUCUCAAGCCGGCAAGAUGUCGCAGAAAUACUGGACUACAAAGGUGGUGCUGGUCCAUGUGGGAGUCACCUCAGUCAUUGCUCAUAUCAAAAUAGGACAGAUGCAUGCAGCGCUGGAGGCCAAAGUGCUUGUUGUUAGCGCUCAAGUGUGCGGGGACGAUGUCUGUGAGAUGGAGGAGACCUGUCUCACCUGUCCUGCCGACUGUGGCAUCUGCCCCAUGUCCUUUGCUAUCAAAGUGGCUAUUGGGCUUCCUGUCGCACUCUUCAGCAGCGGCUUCAUCCUAACCAUGGUGUGGCUCCAGUACCAGAAACAGAGGAUGCUUUGGGAUGAAAGCUGGAUCAUCAACUAUAAGAGCAUCAUAUUUGGCAGAGUGUGUUACAUGGGCCUCAGCAGCACCACAACCUUGCAACGCUUCAAGAGUAACUCCAGCGUCAGUCAAACUACUGAUGUGACAGUGUGUACGGGAAUCAACAGCUCCAUCAAACCAGGCUUCAUCCAACCAGGCAUCUAUGAUGGGAGGACUGUGGCAGUGAAAUACAUCCAGAAUAAACAUUUCACCCUCUCUAAAACCAUCAGGAAGGAGGUCAAAGAAGUGAGGCAACUGGACCACCCUAAUCUAUGCAAGUUCAUUGGUGGUUCCAUCGAGGUCCCCUACGUCAGCAUCAUCACAGAGCACUGCCCCAAAGGAAGUCUGUCUGACGUCCUGCUCAAUGAUGACAUCCCCAUCAACUGGGGCUUCAGACUGUCCUUUGCUACUGACAUCGCCCGUGGGAUGUCAUACCUUCAUCAGCACAAAGUGUUUCAUGGAAGACUUCACUCCAGAAACUGUGUCAUUGAUGACCGCUGGGUGUGCAAAAUUUCAGAUUAUGGGCUCACAGCCUACAGGCGAGAGGACUUUGACGUUGUUAGUAAUGGCUUUAAUUGUGGGGAUGUAAUAUACUGCGCCCCAGAGGUCCUGCUUGGAAGCAGCUCCAAUAUGACACCAGCAGCAGAUGUUUACAGCUACUCCAUGAUUCUGGUUGAGAUUGCAACUCGCUCUGAUCUCAUCUCAGAGCAGACUGAGGGAGUGAGGAUGGAUGUCAUGUGGCGCCCUCCUCUGCCUGAAGUCAAAGCAGGGAAGGCCGAUAUAGACUGUCCCAGCCAGGGAGACUACUGCGAGCUUAUUAAGAAGUGCUGGUGUCAUAACGUCACCAUGAGGCCCACGUUUGAGCAGGUGAAGAAGAUGCUCGACAAAAUGAACCCACACAAAGUCAGCCCUGUGGACAUGAUGAUGAACUUGAUGGAGAAGUACAGCAAACAUCUGGAGGCCAUAGUCGCUGAAAGAACACAGGACCUCCUUCAAGAGAAGCAGAAGACAGAUCGGCUUUUAUACAGUAUGUUACCUAAACCUGUGGCUGAUGACCUCAGACAAGGUCGGACAACAGAGGCUCAGAGCUUCUCCAAUGCAACUGUCUACUUCAGUGAUAUUGUUGGCUUUACUCAGCUAUCUGGUGCCAGCACUCCUUACCAAGUUGUGAACUUUCUCAACCAGCUCUACACCACCUUUGAUGACAUCAUUGACAAUUACGAUGUCUACAAAGUGGAAACAAUAGGCGAUGCUUACAUGGUGGUCUCUGGAGUCCCUCAAGAAAAUGGCAUCAAUCAUGCUGGAGAGAUAGCCAGCAUGGCUCUUGAUCUGGUCAGUGUCUGCCACAGUUUCAAGAUCCCUCACAAACCCAACACGCAGCUGAAGAUACGAGCCGGCAUCCACUCAGGACCUGUGGUGGCAGGUGUGGUUGGCACGAAGAUGCCUCGCUACUGCCUAUUUGGGGACACGGUUAACACAGCGUCACGAAUGGAAUCAACCAGUGAAGCUCUAAAGAUCCAAGUGAGCGGUGCCACAGCUGACCUCCUUCACACACUCAGAGGUUACGUUCUGACAUGCAGAGGAAAUCUUAAUGUGAAGGGAAAAGGGGAGAUGACAACAUGGUGGCUCGAAGCAAAAAGAGACGAUCUCACUGACCCACUGCUCAGAACAUCUGAAUCUAGAGAAGUCCCUGUUCCAGUCAGUGAUUAGUGUUGUUAAAUGAUAUAUUGUCCAGAGAGCUAUACAUUAGGACUAAACGUGCUUCUACAAUGAUAUGAUUCAAAUGUGUUCUUGAGGACUUUAGUAACGUUUUCAAAGUGUUUGUCAUUGUCAUGGUUUCAUUCUUGAGGGCAGGAGUGAUGAUUACGAGAUUGCAAAAAUUAGUCUUUUUUGUAUCAUGAUUGUGCAGGACUGUUUACAUAUUGUUUAUUUAUUUAUUUACUAGGAAAGGACAUCAAAACAUUAUGCAGAGAAACCUGCCAGAGUCUAAGAAAUGCUUGUUUAGUCACACAUUUUCUCUCAUAGCCUAUAUAAUUGUAUUUUUGCAACCUGAUGCACUUUAGUUUUGCCAGAUAUAUUAAAAUUAAAAGGAAAAUUCACUGCCUAAAAAUAACGUACUCUUUAAUAUGAUAGGCCUACAACAAUAUUAAAUCAAAUAUAAACCUUAUUGGAUUCAUUAAAUCUUAAAUGUUUGCCUUAGAACUAGCAUCUGAUUAAGUAGGCUAAAGGCCUGUUGCACAUGCAGCAUAUUGCAAAUGUCAUUACCUAAACAUGGCUUUUCAUUAAUAUUUCCAAUUUGGUUAUUGCACAUAACUUCCCUCUUUAAUUUGAAAAUUAAAGCACCUAAAAUGCGUUUUGGCCAUAGGCCCUAUGUGUUUUCCUGCUAUGUGAUAAUCUUUUCCCCCCUCCAAAUGUCUAUGUUUAAGCAUGUUUUAAGUAUAUGGUCUGCCUUUAAAUAUAAAUAAACAUUUAAAAUAAA